GAUUUGGAUGUGAGUUAGUCUAACUGUGAGGAUCGUCGCGUUAACAGCUCAGUACACACACACACACAGACACAACACCGGCAACCUCACGCACACACACAAACACGUUAAACGUUCGGCAAACUUCGCUCGUAAGCGAUUCUACGCCAUUGUUCCCGCCAUAAUGCGUUGACACUACUUUUGUUAAAUUGACGUUUGUUUUUUUUCCGACUGUGACAUUUAACUGGGUUCCUUCAGUGUGAUGAUUGAUUCGGAUAUCGGACCUGUUUGGAAGCGGUGAAAACAUCGCAGCGACUUCAAAGCCGCAUUCCACAUCAAACGAUCCGCGGCCGUCGAUUCCGAGUGGCUAUUAAACGAUAACUCAAUCAUAAAAACAAACAUGAACCACUACUCUCGUACCAUCCGCGGUUGAGAUCCACACAUGAGCGCGGAAAGAGACGCGGCCGAAUGUGAACCAGCCACUGGAACCGCCAGCGGAGAGAUGCAGGCCGUCGUCUCCGGCUAUCUGACGCAGAGUCUCCUCAUCACACACGGCGGACACUCCUACCCGGACUACAGCUACGGCGACGACGACAGCCUGACGCCGGAGGAGAAGAUCACCGUAGACGACAAGGAAGAAGAACUGGUCAUCGCCGACGAUGAUGAAGGCCGAAUCGACGUGGAGGACACCGGACAUGACGGCGGGCGGGCGGAGGACAGCGGGGAGCUGUCCUGGCAUCCGCACGUAUAUGGAAAACCGCCCAAGAAACCGACUCCACAUACCAUAGAAUAUAUAUUAGGAUUAUCGAAGAACAAUGAAGCGAGGGAGGAGAAAAGGUCCGCGGUCAGCCAACUCAUGAACGUCAAGAGGAACUUCGAUAAGAAGACGUUCGGGUGUCAGGAAAAGGGGGUACAGGUGCAGGAGGGGGGCGAGCGGAAGAUGAGUGUACACAAGAAUAGGCUUCAGGAGCAACUGCUGCAGAGAGGGGCGCGGACCGGAGACGGAGCAUACGACAAGCUGCACGGGAAGACCGACGAGCCCCUCAACCUGUCCGUCAACAAGGCCAAGGACUCGCCCACGUGGACUGGCGACGACGAAGACAAAUACGGCAGAGACCCCAAACUAAAACGAAAGAAGUCGACGGAGGACGUUCGGUCUCCUCUGGGGGGCGAGGGCUCCGUGACCAGCGAGGAGGGCGAGGAGGCCGGCAGGAGGAAGAAGGCCAGGACCACCUUCACCGGCAGACAGAUCUUCGAGCUUGAGAAGCUGUUCGAGGUCAAGAAGUACCUCUCGUCCGGGGAACGAGCCGAUAUGGCUAAACUGCUGAACGUCACUGAGACUCAGGUGAAAAUCUGGUUCCAGAAUCGAAGAACGAAAUGGAAGAAGAAAGACAACGUCACGAACGCCGAAGUGGCGGAAAUAAAGCAGCAGAACAAACCGACAGAGGAGAAAAUAGAAGAAUUAAAGGAUCCUCUGGCGAUAGACAUGUCCAAGAAGAGUUGUAACAAGAUUCUCAACGAGAAGUUAAAAAGUACAAAGGUCGCCACACAGAAUCUUCCUAAACCGAGAAGAGUAGAGAAGGGCGUCGUCCUAGAGAGUAUCUGUGACGUCACAGACAUCGAGACCAAAAUAUCCAUAACCAAGAUUAGCAACAAACUGUCCAGCACGGAGCUCACGGACACCGUCUCCGUGAGGAGCUUCAGUCCAGAGGAAGUGAAAGACAAGUACGACACCCUCACCACAGACGUUGAAAUGUGAACAAGAUGUACCGGGGAGGUAGUGCGCUUUGACGGUUGGGAGGUUUAGAUCCUGCUCUCGCAUUGUAUACGAUUAGAUAGGUAGAUAAAAAAAUAUAAACUAUACAUUUUUUACCUUUUUAAAUGAAUUAAUUACUUGUGUAUAUCGCUUACAUACGAAUGGUUGAAGGAAUGCCUCUGGAGUUCGCGUGUUACAGUAACGGUCGGACGUUCCCUAGUUGGUGUGGAGGAAGACGUUUGCUCUCAAGCCAUUCUGAAUGUUAUGUGUAUUGUGUUAAGGUGUAUACUAACGCGGAGUUCGUGUAGCCGCUUGAGUGUUUGGCUGUCUACUAACGAGAUGAGCUUUCUCUUAUAUUGUAAAUAAAAGUAUAUUUUUUCUUUGUGAAUUGAUCGUCGAUGGAACGAGAUACGUACUGAGCGAAUUAUUAUUGUAUUAGGACGUUCUUCAUACUACACUCUGACACACAGACACAUGGACACACAGACAGACAGAACACAAACACUUGGACACACGGACACACGGACACACGGACACACAGACAGAUAGACACACAGACACACAGACACACGGACACACGGAUACACAGACACACAGAUACACAGAACACAAACACACGGACACAUAGACAGACACACAGACACGCAGACACACAGACAGACACACAGACACGCAGACACACAGACACACUGAUACACAGAACACAAACACACGGACACACGGACACAUAGACAGACACACAGACAGACACACAGACACGCAGACACACAGACAGACACGCAGACACACAGACACACAGCCAAACGGCCAAACAGACACACAGGUCGUCACACUGUUUAUUAUUAACAUGAUGAUGACACCGGGCGCCGUCUGUAUUUUUUGUGCAAUAAUUGUAUGUUUUUUAUUUACAUGGAUCAAUAAAAAAAGAUCUACUAACCCGUAUCCUGUGAAAUGUUACUUAUAACGCGUUAAACGUUACAUUUUAUACAAGAGUUAUAUUUCCUUAUGAUCUCUGAAACUGGUAUAAGUCGAACAAUGUUCAGAUUACUGAAACUCCGAACUCGUCGAUAUAUAUGUAAGUAACGCCGCGUUGCCGUGUAUGUAUUAUAUAUAGUCAUCAUAUACUAAUAGUGCGAUAAAUAUUAAAGUCUAAUAAAAAUAUAUGAAGGUCGUGUUUUAUAUAACAUUAAUAAAAACAAACCAAAUCAUCCAUAAGUUUGGUUCGAGACAUAAAAUCAUCAGUUUAGAAUAGACACGAAGAGACUCCUCUGUACGAUAUCAAUGUUACUUACUUUAAACUUAAUACCUAUAUGUUGAAGCUGACGACGAACAUAUCACUGUUUACAGAAUGUUAUUAUAAUAUAUUAUAUAUCCAACGAAACGAGAUAAUAAAUGUAAAUAAACGAUUUUAAGUAUAAUUUAUAUACAAACUUGAAUGUGUUUCCUUUUGACACGAGAUCUUCGGACAACCAAUAGCGGUGUCUGACUCUUAGGCGGCACGACGGAAAAGAUUCGUUUAUUUAUCAUGUCUAUCUCGUUUCGCUGGCCUCAUCCUCAGUCUUUACAGACGGUGUUGAGUUUCAUCCAUAGUCCAUAGUCCAUAGUCCAUAGUCCUCCGCUUCCUAUAGAUGUGAGUUGUAUAUUAUUUAUUGAGUUUAGGACUUUGAAAGAGCAAAUAAAACUGUAGCUUAGUCUAGAGCGAGUACGGAAUGAAAAAUAUAAUAGUUUUUCAUAAA